AUGAUUAAAAAUAAUAUAAUUUUUAAAAAUCUUUAUAGUACUAAAGAAUUAAUAAUAAUAUUUAUUAAAGCAGAAUAUUUAGCAUUAAAAUAUAAUAAUUAUAUCAUAAUGCCUAUUCAUUUAUUAUUAAGUAUAUUAUUAACAUAUAAUUUAUGUACAAAAUUUUUUAAAAUAAACAAAAAAUUAAUAACUAAUAAAUUAAUUUUAUUUUUAUUAAAUAAGUAUAAUAAUAAUAAAAAUAUUAUUAAUAUAAAUUUUUCAAAUAAAGUUAUUGAUAUUUUAAUUAAAUUAAAUAAUUUUAAUUUUAAAACUAAUUCAUUUAAUUUAUUAUUAAUAUUAUUAGAUGAAAAAGAUAAUGAUAUAAAAUAUUUAUUUAAAUAUAUAAAUUUUUUAAAUUUUAAUAUAAAUUAUUAUUUACCUAUAAAUAUUUUUCCAAAUAUUAUAGUAACAAAAUUAAAAGAAAUAUCUAUAAAUAUUUUAAAUUCUAAUUUUAUUUAUAAUUAUAAUAUUAAUUUUAAUAAAUUACAAUAUAUAAAAUUAUUGCAAAUUUUAAAUUUAAAAAUAAAAAAACAUAUAAUAAUAAAUGGUGUAGAAGAAAAUAUAUUUUAUUUUUUACAAUUAUUAAUAAAUAAUAUAAAAAAUAAAACUGUACCAAUUUAUUUAUAUCAUACAGAAAUAUGGAUAUUAAAUGAUUUAUUAAAUUAUGAUAUACAAACUAUAAUAUUUAAAAUUUUAAAUAUAUCAAAAUUUUUUAUUAAUAAUAAAUAUAAAUUAAUUUUAGUUAUAAAACAUAUUGAAAUAUUUAAUUUAAUAGAUAAUACUAAUGAUAAUAUAAAUAAUAAUAAACUAUAUUAUCUAUAUUUAUUAUUAAACAAAAUAUAUAAUUAUAAUAUACAUAUUAUAAUAAUUUCAAAUAUAGAUAAAUAUAAAUUAUAUUUUAAAUAUAAUACAAUAAAAAAUUAUUAUUUUUAUAAUAUUAAAAUAAAAGAAUUAUCUAUUUUACAAAUAUUUAUAAUUUUAAAAAAUAAUAUAUAUAAAUAUAUAAACUAUUAUAAAAUAAAUAUUAAUAAUUUCAUUUUAUAUGAAUUAAUUAAUUUAAGUAAAAAAUAUAUUAAAAAUUUAAAUUCUCCUACAAUACCUUUAAUUAUAUUAGAAAAUUUAUGUUCUAAAAAAUAUUUAUUUAAUAAUAAAAUUCAAAAUUUUAAUUAUUUACCUACUAAUAAUAUAAAUAAUAAUAAUAAUUUAAUUAUAACAUUAGAAGAUAUAAAAAAUUCAAUAGCAGAUUAUUUAAAUAUAUCAAAAUUUUUAUUAUUUAAAAAUAAUAAAAUUACAAAAUAUAAUUUAAAACAAUUAGAAAAUUAUUUAUAUAAAAAUAUACAUGGUCAAAAUCAUAUUUUUAAUAAAAUAUUACCUUCAAUUAAACAAAAUUUAAUAGGAUUAAAAACAAAAAAUAAACCUAUAGGAAGUUGGAUUUUAUGUGGUCCUAGUGGUACAGGUAAAACAGAAUUAGCUAAAAUAUUAGCAAAACAAUUAUUUGGUUCUGAAACAGAAUUAAUUAGAUUUGAUAUGAGUGAAUAUAUGGAAAAACAUUCUAUAUCAAGAUUAAUUGGUUCUCCUCCAGGUUAUAUUGGUUAUUCAGAAGGGGGACAAUUAACAGAACAAAUUUAUAAAAAACCAAAUUCUAUAAUUUUAUUUGAUGAAAUAGAAAAAGCUCAUCCUGAUAUAUAUAAUAUAAUGUUACAAAUAUUAGAUGAAGGUAGAUUAACAGAUACUACUGGUAAAUUAAUUGAUUUUACAAAUACUAUAAUUUUAUUAACAAGUAAUUUAGGUUGUCCUAAAGAUUAUAAUUUAUAUUUAACUAAUAAAUAUUUUUUAUCUAAUUUAGAUUUAAAAAAAAUAGAAAAAAACAUAAAGUUAUAUAUUAAUAAUUAUUUUAAACCUGAAUUAUUAAAUAGAUUAACUAAUAUAUUAAUAUUUAAUCCUUUAAAUUAUAAUACUUUAUUAUUAAUAUUUGAUAAAUUUAUAAAUGAAUUAAAAAUAAAAUUAUAUUUAAAUAAAUUAAAUAUUAAUAUUUAUAUUAAUAAUAAAUUAAAAUAUUUUUUAACUAAAUUAACAUAUAAUCCUUUAUAUGGAGCUCGUCCUUUAAAAAGAUUAUUAGAAUUAAUAUUUGAUAAAUCAAUUAGUGAUUUAUUAUUAAUUUAUAAUAAAAAUUAUUUUAUUAAAAAUAAAUAUAUUUUAUAUUAUUUUUUAAAUAAAUAUUAUAAUUUAAAUUUUAAUAUAUAUUCAUUUUAA